CGACGGAAUUAAUUCCUCUAAGAUGGCUACUAUGUAACGGUGUUGGAAUAUCGGUAGUACAGGACGACCGGAUAAUGUAAGUUAUCAUUCUUCCGCGUUUCAUUACGCGUACUUUAGUCCGUGUACCAUAUAGGAUACCCGUGUUACAGUACUGGUCAAUCAGAGUCCGACUGAGAGAUACAGCGGCAUGACACACUCAUCAGCGAGAGAUCCUCAUAACAUCUGAGAUUCAUCCAGCGUGCAAGCAAGUGCUCCGCAACGUUGGCUGCAGUGUCUGUCCUCAAUCUCGAACACUGGGAUCAAUUAGAUUGCGGUGCCGGCUUUUUGAGAGUUCAAGGGAUAUUGCUAGAACCAAGGUUCGCCAAUAAUGGCCAAUGAUCCCUCCUCCGUCGAGCCGAAAGAUAGGCGCAAGUUGCGAGUUGACCCAGACUUCGCCGCUCAUCGUCUUUGUCGGAUGUACGAAGUACACCACCUAGAAAGGACUCACUUAUUAACACAUAAGUCCUCUUGCCGCGACGGUCAUAGCGAGCUCCGACAGCCGCGCCUAACCUGCAAGCCUUCCUGCAUUCGGCUCAGGAUUCGAUCGGGGCCGUGGUUAUCCUCGGCCAGUUUCGCCUUCUCACUCCAUCCUAUAUGCUGUUGGUUCCCUUGUUGGUGUAAUGUACAACCUGAACUGUGGAGACGCGAUGCAUCCCAACACGCAUAUAAGAUCCUCGAUCUGGACUGGGGCCAGAAAGGGAAGGGCUGCGUCGACGAGCAGCAACCACUUCGGGUCAGAAGGGUAGUGAGAAGCCGGUUCGGCCAGCGUGAUUCGACAGAGUGUGUCCGAUGUGUACCGUACAUUCAAUACAUACACUGCGAGGUUGUGCAACACGCAGGCUAUCCAAUAGUGUCAGCACGGAUGAUUCUUCCAACUCCAGUCUUAAAACAAGGCCAGGUCGAGCCCUCCGUGUUCCAUCGCGGCCGGCUGGUGCCCAACGGCUCAACGAGACAGUCAUGCGAUCGACCCUCCUUCUUGCCAUCCUCCCUCCUAACGUGGGGUUUCUCCCCGCCCACGCUGUCGUGUUAGCCGCGGGAACAAAUUGCUUGCUGCGGGAGGCUCUUAUAAGUUACAAUGCAGCAUGCGCAGGACUCACGUUUUUUUCCCUCUCCAGUGGGCAUGUCAGCCAAAGACUGCUGCGAUGCGCCGUUCGCCGUCGCAUGGCACAUAUGUUGCGCUACCCAAAGAACGUAACUAGCUCGAGCUCGUGAUCACUGGCCGCACACAUCUCGCGGGGGUAGCUGUUGCGCCAGAAGAACAGUUUAGCAAUCUCUGUGUGGAAGUUCAGUGCUUACUCCGUAUGUACGUACUGUAAAAUCUACCUACGGUAGUUACUGCCUACCUUAGUACAUAAGGUGUGUGCUCGGAAC